GUGUGUGCAUAUGCCCACCCCGCCUCUCUCCAGCGACCUAUCAAUCUAUAUCCCAGCAGAGAGAGGACGGGGGGAAACCGAAACAUAGCGGGUCAGCGAGGGGAAGAGGCGCAUGAAAACAUCCAUGGGUGGCUGUGUGGGCAGUCAUCAUGAUUCUUCAGGCAGUUUAAACGAAAACUCGGACGGACCCGGAGUUCCUGUGUCACCCUCUCCUGCUGCCAACUCACCACCGCACCCCGGAUCCUCUGUACACCUGCAUCUUCCCGGACUGCGUAUCCCCCGCCAAGUAUCACCUGUGUUCCUGUCUUAUGUGCCUUGUUUAUUUUAUUCAAGCGCUGGUGACACAGGUGUCCGAGCUCACCCAGCAGAUCUACCAGCUGACCUCUCCCGCUGCGCCACCCGCACCGCCUGCACCGCCCGCCCCCCCGGGACAUCUCCCAUGACCACUUCUGGCCUGAACCGUGACUUCCGGCGCCGGAGAGCUAUUCCGGUGAGCCUGACUUUUGCAGAACUUAUCUUAACAAGUGUUGCAUGCACUUUGCAUUACAACCCCGCACCUUCGCGACAGAAGAGUCCAAGGUCGUGUUUGCUCUCACUUUGCUUUCCGGCAGGGCCGCGUUAUGGGGGACAGCGGUGUGGGAGAAUCACCGUCCGUGUUGCACCUCGUUCCACGCCCUCUCCGAGGAGAUGAAGAGGGUCUUCGACCGGGCCGCAGCCGGCAAGGAAGCCGCUCGUCAGUUAGCAGACCUUUGACAAGAGGAUCUGUCGGUGGCGGGCUAUUCCAUCCAGUUCCGCACCUUGGCGGCCGCGUGCCAGUGGAACGAGGAGGCGCAGUGGGAUCGAUUCCUGCAUGGGCUGGCCGACCGUGUUCACAAAGAGAUCUACCUCCUCGAGUUACCCACAAGUCUUAAAGGUCUCAUCGACUUGGCGCUCCGUGUGGACGCCCGGAUUAAUCGUCUUGGUAACCAGACCAGUCAUUCACGCCUUCACAACUCUCCAGAACGGGGUAACUCGAGUUGAGAGAACAUGGUCGGUCCCGUCUACGAUCACGAACCCAUGCAGGUGGGUAGAGCUCGACUAUCCCGGGAGGAGAGAGAGAGGCGGAGGUCCCGAGGACUAUGUUUAUAUUGCGGUGGCUCGGGUCAUAUCCUUCGUUCAUGUCCAGUAAAAGAGCCAGCCCGGUAGUAAGUUUGAGGCUACUAUCGGGUGGGAUCUCCGCCGGGAAGUCCUCAACCACAUCAUCGACUCUCCUUCCGGUGAAACUGCGGUGGGAGAACCACACUCACAACUGUCACGCCCUUCUGGACUCUGGAGCCGAAGGUAAUUUCAUUGACACUGUCCUUGCACGUCACCUGAACCUUCCUGUCCUUCCCUUGUCUCGUCAUCUCCCCGUCACCGCACUCAAUGGCCAGGAACUGCCUCACGUCACUCACACCACUGAACCCAUAACUCUGCUCACCUCAGGAAACCACACUGAAACCAUAUCCUUUUUCCUCAUGGACUCCCCUGUUGCACCCAUCGUUUUAGGUCAUCCCUGGUUGGUCAAACACAAUCCAUGAGUGGAUUGGGGUUCCAACACCGUCACUUUGUGGAGUGAAAGUUGUCAUGAGUCUUGUCUGGUUUCUGCUUGUCCUGCUGUGUCUGUUUCUGUCUUUCAGGAGGAGACCAUGGUGUUAUCAAACGUGCCCGCAGAGUACCUGGACCUGAAGGAAGUGUUCAUUGCUCUGGGGCGAAACCAGCCCCUGAAGAGAGAGAAGCCUAAAUGGAAGAGCGACUACCCAAUGACCGAUGGGCAGCUGCGCAGCAAGCGUGAUGAAUUCUGGGAUACAGCACCAGCUUUUGAAGGUCGCAAGGAAAUUUGGGAUGCACUUAAGGCGGCUGCCCAGGCCUUUGAAAACAAUGACCAUGAGCUUGCUCAAGCCAUAAUUGAUGGUGCCAGCAUAACAUUACCACAUGGUGCUCUGACUGAAUGCUAUGAUGAGCUGGGGAACCGCUACCAGCUGCCUGUCUAUUGUCUCUCACCUCCUGUCAACAUGAUUGAGGAAAAGAGUGAGUCAGAGACCAUUGAGGUCCCAGAAGCACCAGCUAGCGAAGGCCAGGAGUGUCAGUUGCGUCUGCGUCUCUCCACGGGACGAGAUCUACGCCUGGCCGUCUGCACCAGUGACAAUGUCCAGCAGAUGAAGCGCCGUCUACAGACCCAGGAGGGUGUAGUGGCCACCAGCCAGCGCUGGUUUUUCUCAGGCCGACCACUCACUGACAAGAUGAAGCUGGAAGAACUGAAGAUCUCCAGAGACUAUGUCGUCCAGGUGAUCAUCAGCCAGCCUCCCACAACCCCACCACUGCCGCAGAACCCCACUCCUGUGGAAAACUAAUGACUCAUUGGGGAUAUUAACCACAACCCCAAGUGUGUAUGUGAGAGGAUAUCAAUGUGCAUGGGCCACAAGGUUUUUCAGAAGAUUUCUCUAUUUUUGGAUUGGCCAUUUGAGUCUAGAGUGAACCUCUAUAGGCUUUUCCCUUCAGACACACACUGCCUUUGACUUAUAGCUUUUCUAAAGGAGUUGAGACUCAGAUUUUCUGUUUAAAAGCCUCAGGUCUAGAAAACCUGAGUCCUGAAUUGAUCAAGAGAGGUCCAAAAUGUAUGGUUUUGGAAAAGGAAACUUAAUAAUGCUUUGUUAUUUUUAAGAUUAUGGAGUUAUAAGCUUCAUAUUCGUUUAUCCAUUUUUCUUGUGAUGAGAUCAUAUGUAUGCAAGGCAGACCGGAAGUACGGACCUACCUGUGUCUGUUAGAACUUGAAUUAUAAAACAGAGACAAUUGGGGUCAAAAGGACAUUUUAAACUGCUAUUGGCUUUCAGGUACAGGAGAAUCACUUGCUGGACUGUUUUCUUAUUUUUUGUUUUUAUUAGAAACUCUGUAACCAAAAAUAUAUAAAGAUUUUUUUUUUUUUUUUUUUUUUUUUUUUU